AUGGCGCGAUCUAAACGAGUCCAUAAUGCGGAGCCCGCGAACUGGAACACCGACGAGGAGAACGAGCUUUUGGCGUGGCUCGACUACAAUUUGGAGAAGAGUUCGGAUGGCUUUGCGGCCUUCAGGGAUUCAGUUUCCGAGCACCUUCGCAGAGUGUGCAAUGCCAGCUACACCUAUGAGCAGUGUCGGAGGAAAUUGUAUAUGUUGUGGAGGAAUUACGGAGACGACAGCGCCCAAAAGGUCGCCGUAUUGCACGAGCAUGGAUCCGAGACUCUGACUCUCCUGCCGACGGAGCGAAAGGACUCUAUCUUGGCCAGAGUAAUUGUGCUCAGGGAAAGGGACCUGAAUUUUCCCCGACGUCUGAGGAGUGUAUCUCGAAACAGUGCAACUCCAUCGCAGCAUCAGGGGGAUAAUCGACAGACAACUUCUGCGACCCGGCAACGGCCACAGCUACAAGUUCCCUCCGUUGUAAUUUCAUCAAGUCGACUUCCUGAAGCCAAGCGGCCCCUGAGACAGGGCAGGAAGAGAAAACGUCUUUCUAAACAGGUUCCAAUCAGAGCUUCAAGCCAGGAAUCACAGGAAGAUGGCGAGGCCAGAAGCAAAAAAGAAACUGACCCAGACGAUACGGAUACAAUGGAUAACAUGCCAGACGUGGAUAUCAUCCUAGCGCGAGCGCGCGUACCUAGCACAAGGAACGGCAGUGAUCAAACAACAGCAACAAAUCCUCGGACCACAGAGGUAUUGGAAACUCUAAAGUCCGAGCUCGCAGCACUCCAAGAGCAAGUGCGAGUACUGGGUGAGCUGCAAAAUGAUACUCGAUCUUUUAUAGUCUUCUUGCAUAUGCGUUUGCGCGAAGCUGUCGAACGCGACGAAGUGGCUCAAGCUCGUAUACACAGCCUUGAGCGGGCAGAGGGGGCGCGAGCCAAUGGUAAGUCACUCGUCUCGGAAAUGGCGAAUCUGGGAGAUAGGAUCGCAUACUUGCAGAGGAAAUUGGACAUAGCCAGAGAUGUGGGAAGGUUUACUCAGCUCUCGUCAACAGGCGAGAUACGACCUUGGAACCGAAAAUGGAUCGACGAGACAAUGGACGAUAUCGAUUUCUACAUGAAGCAGCUACUCUUAGAUCACGAUAACAUUGACCACUUUGAGGCCCCGAACCUCGACAAGGACGCGGACCUUACCGGACUUAUUCGAAUAAUAUUGGGGCUGACCCCACAGGAGCGGGUAUCCACAGAGAAAAUGCGAAUUCAGCUGUCCAAAUUAAGUUUGCAGUCAGUUGUACGUGCUUUGACUGCGGCCACUCUCUGCAGAUGGGUCUUUCAUGCUGAGCUUCCCGAUGGAGAGGUUGCCCUUCGGAACCUGGAUUUUGCCGCGCAUCAAUCACUUUUCAAAAGUCCGCUGUUCCAAGACAACAUACUUCCUCGACAAGCCGAGUCACUCGCCUGUCGGCUGUCGAAGCUCCUUUCUCGGCUUUUCCGGAACGACGAAAGCGUAGCGGUGCAUUCCGCAGGAUCGUACGGAGUUCCUUCAGCUGAUCGUUUCUACACUUGGGGCGUUGAUGAGCGCAUCUGGAUGAGCACCCGAUAUAAAAUGAUCAAAAUAUUUCAACUUGCUCUCGAAAUCAAGUAUAAGUCCAUGCUGAGCACGUACCAAUUCGAGGCGGUCCUUUACCCCCCUCGGACGCCCUUCCUAGCAGAGCAGACGAAGCCAGAGACGGUGCAGGGCAGCGAUAUGACAACAUAUGCCUCUACCACGCAUGAUCUAGAGGUUAAACUCUGCUUACUGCCGUCUCUAUAUUUGUGGAGGUCUGAUCGUAUGCGAGUGGACAGCAAUACGUUUGUGCAACGUCAUCCUUCUGAUCGAGACGAAUGUGAACGACUUACAAAAGCGGUCGUGGUUGCAGAGCCACGAUGA